AUAAACACUUAAAUAUAUCUGAAAACGCAUCAUGCUAACAUAGCAUCUGAGCUAAGUUGGUAGACAACAAAGACAAAGCUUAUAUCUAGUUUUCUGGUGAUUGUCUGUGGCAGGGAGUUGUUCAGGUCAUAAGUUUACAUGCAUUUGUGUUAGAAGCUGUUGGUUUUAAACUAUACAAACCAUACGCGUCGUUAGUUUGGACGAAUGUUGUCAGCUAACUACAGUUGCAGGCUAACUGCGGUGGGCUAUGGUGCUAACAGGAGAUGUUCGGUGUCGCCUCCCUCUGAGGUUUAAGCCCCGUCAAGAUGCCUGCAGUGUCCACAGAGGUGAAGGAGCUGUAUUUAUCCUCAUGUCUGGGCGACCUCAACAAGAAAGCGGAAAUCAAGCCCGACAAGACCAGCACCAGGAGUUAUGUUCAGAGUGCCUGCAAACUAUUUAAGGCGGCAGAGGAAUGCCGUUUGGACAGAGAUGAGGAGAAAGCUUAUGUCUUUUACAUGAAAUAUCUAACAGUAUAUGACAUCAUUAAGAAAAGACCAGACUUCAAGCAGCAGCCGGACUAUUAUAUUACUCUGCUCGGACAAAACAGCUUCAAGAAAGCCAUAGAGGAAGCAGAAAAACUCUCUGAAAGCCUUAAACUUAGGUAUGAAGAAGUUGAGGUUCGAAAAAAGCUUGAGGAGAAGGAGCAAUUAGAGGAAAAGAAGAAAAAAGAGGAGGUUGAGAAGAAAAAAGAUGUGGGCUCUCCAAAAGCAUCAGCUGCAAACAAGAAGGACAGUAAAAAGGUGAGAGGUGAUCAGAACGAGCUGAAGAGUGUGAUCACAAAAGCCGUACAACCAGCUGGUGGUGUUACGGCCGAGAAGCUUUUUCAAAUGAUGAAGGACCAAACGAUCACCAUGGUUGUCAUGGACGCCCGAAGCCUCAAGGACUACGAAGAAUCUCACAUUCAAGUCCCUGCUCAGACAUGCAUCAGUGUGCCUGAGGAGGCCAUCAGUCCAGGAAUCACUGUGAAUCAGAUUGAGGCAAAGCUACCAAGCUUGUCCAAGGAUCACUGGAUGAGGCGUGGCUUUGUGGACUACAUCGUCCUGCUGGACUGGUUCAGUUCCGUCUCCGACCUCAAGCUGGGCACCACUUUGCAGAGCCUCAAGGAUGCCCUCUUUAAGUGGGACAGCAUCACCAUUCUGCGAAGUGAGCCUCUCGUGCUAGAGGGGGGCUAUGAGAACUGGCUGUUGUUUUAUCCCAUGUACACGACCAAUGCCAAAGUUCGACCCCCCAGAGAGACCACGGUCAAUACUCUCCCUCAGUUGAACUUUAGCUACCCAUCCUUAGAGGAGCCAAAGCCUCCCGUGAUUCAUCCUGAGCCUGUGGUUCAACCCGACUCUCAGAAGCCGCCAGCUCCAGCGGUGGUCAAUGGGGUUGCACCUGCUGAGCCUCCCACAUCCAAAACUUCUGUUAUUGCUGACAAAUUGCCAGACACACAUGACUCCCCAGUAAUAAGUACUGGUUUGGAUCUAAAUAAGCAGAAUCCUGCACCCAACCAGUCCCCUGUAACGUCCAAAUCAUUCCCUCAGUUUGACCGAACCAAGAAACCCUUGCGAGAUGAUCCCAAGGCCAAGGAGAAUGGGUCCACGAAAGACUCCACCCAGAACGGGCCUGUUGUCCCUGACCGUUCAGUGAAGCCUCCCCUCAUUCCCAGCUCGUCUCUGUCCAAAGAGGAACAAAGUCAGAUACACCUGGAAGCUGUGGCAGUGAUGGAGAAGGCCAAGCAGGAGCAGGAGAAACGCAUGCAGGAGCGCCGCCUAGAAGAGGAGAAGCGAGAGAAAGAGCAAAACGAAAGGGAGUUAAAGGAGAGGCUGGAAAAAGAGGAAAGUGAGAAGAAGAGCAAGCAAGAGGAGGAGAAAAGGCAUCUGGAGAGGAAGAGACUUGAAAGACAAAAAGCAGAAGAAGAGGAAGACAAAGAGAACAAGACGUGGGAUGAGAGGGAGAGGAGGGGAAAGGAGUCCAAUGCUGACACGCCCUCCAAAAGCAUGUCUCUGGAUUCCCCUGUUCCUAACCACCUCGUUAGUGAGAUUAAGAGGGAACCUUUGACCAGAGCCAGAAGUGAGGAGAUGGGCAGGACUGUUCCAGGCCUACCUGACGGUUGGAUGAAGUUCCUCGACACAGUGACUGGGACAUACAGAUACUACCAUUCCCCGACCAAUCGUGUCCACCUGUACCCCCCUGAGGUCACGGUUCCUCAAACACCACCUUCCACUCCACCCACGGUCAAACAGAAGCCACCACAACCAGCUGAGCCAGACACCAGCCACGAGAGGGAACAGGAACAGUCCAAACUGAAGCGCUCCUAUUCCUCCCCAGACAUUAGCCAGGAGCUGAGAGAGGAGGCUCAGAAAAAGGCCACCGCCCCACCCACUCCCGUUGUCAUACCCACCAUCAACAGAGACACCAAACCGGUCACUUCAAAAGUAUACUCUAAAGUAGAGAUCGCACGGCCAUCAGCAGCCAAAAUUCGCAGCCUGAAUCCUACGUUUGGAGGUUUGGGCGCAUCACUGACCGGCCUCCGUAACCUUGGCAACACCUGCUACAUGAACUCCAUCUUGCAGUGUCUUUGCAACACCCCCGCCAUGGCCGAGUACUUCAACAACAAUUACUACCUUGAGGAUAUUAACAGAUCCAACAUUCUUGGCCAUAAAGGGGAGGUUGCAGAGGAGUUUGGUGUGAUUAUGAAAGCCUUGUGGGCUGGCUUGUACAAAUUCAUCAGUCCACGUGACUUCAAGAUCACCAUAGGCAAGAUCAAUGACCAGUUUGCCGGAUAUGACCAACAAGACUCCCAAGAGCUGCUGCUGUUCCUGAUGGAUGGUCUUCAUGAAGACCUAAACAAGGCGGACAAUAGGAAACGAUACAAAGAGGAGGAAAAUGACCACCUGGAUGACCAGACCGCAGCCGACCUGGCCUGGAGCAAACACAAACUCCUCAACGAGUCCAUCAUCGUAGCCCUGUUCCAGGGCCAGUUCAAGUCUACGGUGCAGUGUUCCACCUGCCAUCGCAAGUCACGCACGUUUGAGACCUUCAUGUACCUGUCGCUGCCCCUGGCUUCCACCAGCAAGUGCUCCCUGCAGGACUGUCUGAGGUUGUUCUCCAAAGAGGAAAAACUGACUGACAACAACAAAGUGUUCUGCAGACACUGCAAAGCCCACAGAGAUUCAACCAAGAAACUGGAGAUCUGGAAGGUUCCUCCCAUCCUCCUGGUACACUUAAAACGGUUUUCUUAUGAAGGAAGGUGGAAGCAGAAGCUGCAGACUUCAGUGGACUUCCCUCUAGAUAAUCUGGAUCUAGCCCAGUAUGUUAUUGGACCCAAACAAACCCUCAAAAGAUACAAUCUUUAUGGAGUUUCGAAUCACUAUGGGGGCUUGGACGGCGGACAUUACACAGCCUACUGUAAGAACGCCAUGAAACAGCGCUGGUACAAGUUCGAUGACCACGAGGUGUCGGACAUCUCCACCUCCUCUGUGAAGUCCUCUGCGGCUUACAUCCUCUUUUACUCCACCUUGUGAUUAGGUGUAGAGCGUGAGGUAAUAAAGGUUAACCGGAGCAGCGGUGGCUCUAAUGUGAAAAUCCCAGUUCUGAGGAACUGGCGCUCAUAGUUGCAGUUCAGCCGGACAAGGGAGAGGAGGCACUAAAGUGAGUGGCUCAAGAGCCCCUCUGCAGAGGUGAGCACACAGUGCAAUGCUUCAGCCACUAGAGGACCCUGUAGCUGUAAAACAUGCCGUCAGAUCACAGUACUGAUCAUCCAGACUAAUCAACAUAAUUGUGUUUUAGGAGCGACGGCUUUGCUCUCAUUUCUGUUGUGUGGGUGGCAGUGUUAUAGAACUGCUUCUUUCUUCUUUUUUUUUUGCUUUCUUGUACACAGGAUUAACAGUUAGACGGCAUGUACAUUCAUACCAAUGCUGAUGUUGCACUUUCACAUAUUUUGGUGUAAAUAUUUGAGGGCAGGGUCUUCAUCUGUUAAGUGACCAAAUGAUGUUCUCGUUAGCGGUAGCAGCCAGCGGCUUAAUGUCAACACUCACAGAAGGACUCUUUGGGAUCAAUUGGCCUUCUAGUGUUUAAAAGUUUCUUUUUCAGCUUCGAUUAUUGUUCAUUAUAAUCACAUUCAUGCACUUCUUAUACAUUAUGCAAUCAUAUUAAAUUGUUCAUGUAGAACAGAUUAUUAAGGGCGUAUUUUAACACAGAACAAGUGAAGUACUUUCUUUUUUCCAGUUAUUGCUUGAAUAAAACUCUACCAGCUUCUAUGCUUUUUGUCCAAGAUAUUUGUUUCCAUGUUAUUUUCCUAAACCACUGAUUUAAAAUAACACUAUUCAACAGGAAUAAAUGUCUGGGGAAACGAUCAUAGUCACUUCACUGUAGCUAAACUGUUUCUUUCUGGACAUUUCUUUUGUAAAGUUUUACUGCUAUAUUUUGUUUUCUGUUCAGUAAUGAGGAAGGAGUGAUAAAUUCCUAUUUUUCUUUUGGUUUUGCUGUUGUCAUUGUGGAUAUUUGCUGCCUGACUGAUGUGAGAAAGCACAAAGUGAGCUGAUUGUUUCUGACUUUUUUUCCCUCCUAUUCUAGAGUUUUGAGGCUUUGCAUGAGAGAACAUGGAUGACCUGGACUUCUUUUCAUUUUUGUGUUUAUUCAAAUUUUUUAAAACUCUCUCUAUAUAAAUAGUUUCAUAUAUAACAAUGAUAUUAACCCCAAACAAAUCAUGAUUAUUUAUUAAAAUUACUUCAAAUAAA